CUCCACCCCUCCUCCAGGCAGCAUAAAAACGGCACGUCCAUCUCCUCAGGCGAACAGUGACCUUCCAGCUGUUGCUCUCUUUAGACUGAUUCCUCUUCCACGCCGACACACACACUCCCCUAACGAUGCCGUGCCCUCGCUCUUGCCACAACCAGAAGAUGAGGCUGACCCGCCGGCGCGGCUCCUUGGUGGAGCAAGUGCUCAUGGUGGACCAGAUACUGUCCGAGUUCCGGCUGGAGAAGACGGAACUGGAAGACGUUAUGUGGAGACUGCAGCGGGAGAUGGAUCGUGGUCUUCGCUCGGAAACCCACAAGGAAGCCAGCGUGAAAAUGUUGCCCACGUACGUGUGCUCGACCCCAGAGGGCUCAGAGGUGGGAGAUUUCCUCGCCUUGGACCUGGGGGGCACGAACUUCCGAGUGAUGCUCGUGAAGGUGGGCGAGGAUGAGGAGACAGGCUGGAAGCUGGAAACCAAGCACCAGAUGUACUCCAUCCCAGAAGAUGCCAUGACUGGGACAGCGGAAAUGCUCUUCGACUACAUCGCAGAGUGUAUCUCAGACUUCUUGGCCAAGCACCAGUUAAAGCACAAGAAGCUUCCUCUGGGCUUCACCUUCUCCUUCCCUGUGCGUCACGAGGACAUCGACAAGGGAAUCCUGCUCAACUGGACAAAAGGCUUCAAGGCCUCAGGAGCUGAGGGCAAUAACGUGGUGGGCCUUCUCCGUGAUGCCAUUAAAAGACGUGGGGACUUUGAGAUGGAUGUGGUUGCCAUGGUGAAUGACACGGUUGCCACCAUGAUCUCCUGCUACUACGAGAACCGAAACUGUGAAGUCGGUAUGAUUGUGGGCACGGGCUGCAACGCGUGCUACAUGGAGGAGAUGAGCAUGGUGGAGCUGGUGGAGGGCGAUGAGGGGCGCAUGUGUGUCAACACUGAGUGGGGAGCCUUCGGAGACAACGGAGAGCUGGAGGAGUACCGGCUCGAGUAUGACCGGAAGGUGGACGAGACGUCACUCAACCCUGGGCGGCAGCUGUUUGAGAAGAUCAUCAGCGGAAAGUACAUGGGCGAGCUGGUGCGCCUCGUGCUGUUGAAGCUCGUCAACGAGGACCUGCUGUUCCACGGCGAGGCCUCCGAGAAGCUCAGGACCAGGGGCAGCUUCGAGACGCGCUUCGUGUCACAGAUUGAAAGUGAUUCUGGUGACCGGAAGCAGAUCUACAAUGUUCUGACAAUGCUGGGACUGAUGCCUUCAGAGCUGGACUGCGACAUUGUGCGCUUGGCGUGUGAGAGAGUGUCCACACGCUCCGCCCACAUGUGUGGGGCAGGGCUGGCUGGGAUCAUCAACCGCAUGAGGGAGCGCCGCUGCCAGGAAGCACUUGAGAUCACUGUGGGCGUCGACGGCUCCGUGUACAAACUCCAUCCCAGUUUUCAGGAGAAGUUUCACGCGGUCGUUCGCGAGCUGACGCCUGGGUGCGACAUCACCUUCAUCCACUCGGAAGAAGGAAGCGGACGAGGCGCGGCGCUCGUUUCCGCAGUGGCCUGCAAGAUGGCGGCGUCACGGUGAUGCGACGAUGGGCGUCGUUCGACCUCCCGACACAAGGUGGCGGAAGAGGGCGCGUUGCUGAUUGAGUAACGGCCGCUCCGCCACCUUCUCAAUAAAUCACCUGCAGUUUUCGGUUGCCGUGGAAACAGAUACUGUCCGGGCCACAAGAAGACGAAGAUGAGCAUUCGAUUCGGGGAAGGAGAGAGGGUCUAUAUCCACACAGCAAAAACAUCCCAUCUCUGCCCUAUGCUUCUAAACAAAGGCGUGAAUAAUGCUAGCCAAUGCAGCUUAAAACCGUGUUAUUUAUUUACAUUUUAUGUCGUUUCGUGUCGUAUUCAAUGUUUACACAGACACACUCUCUUUCGUGUUAUUUACCUAAUGGCAAAGCUUUGUGCAGAAAAGGUGAGCAAUAAAUUUUAGGCUAAAUAUUUGUCAGAUAGCAUCGAACACCAAAGUGAUUUAAAGUGAUGCUGAUUUCUUUUUAAAUCAUUAUUUCUUUAACCUGAAUGAUUUCCCUUGUUCAUGUGUUUCUGGGGAGGUUUCAGUUUAGAAAGGAACUUUUUUUAUUUUGUAAAUUAGCAUUUUGUAAAGGCUUUCUGAAAAAUGUGAUAUUGCAGUUAUAAUGUGAGGCAUGAGCUUAUGGUUUGUAAAUACUGUGCUGUAUA